AAAAACGCCAAGGCGACCAAGAAAUUCGAGAAGAGGCACCUCAAGGGCGUCUUGGAGCGGCGCAAGGACGUGGCCAAGAUCAAGCAGCGCCACCAGAUCAAGGCCGUCAAGCAGGCCAAGCGCGGCAAGGAUGCCGAGUUCUUCAAGUCGGGCGGCGUCGACGCCGACGGCAACCCCAUCCCCGCCGUCAAGAAGAAGCCCGGCGCCAAGGCCGUCGAGAUGAGCGUCGACGACUUCUUCCAGGGCGGCUUUGAGAUUCUCGACAACAAGGACCUGCCCCCCAAGACGGCCAAGUCUACCGCCGCGACAGCCGCCGAAAAGAAGCUGGGGAAGCGGAAGCGCAGCCAGGGCGAGGACCGGAAACCCCAGAACAGCGGCAGCGGCAGCGGCAGCUCCGAGGCGGGCGACAUGGACGACAGCGACUCGGACGCGGCGGGGGCCGACGACCUCAGCGAUGCGGACCUCGGCAUGUCCAAGGGCGCCAUGGCCGCGCUCGCAGAAAAGGACCCCGAGUUCUACAAGUUCUUACAGGAGAACGACCCCGAGGCGCUCGAGUUCGACGAGAACGCAGACUUUUCCGAGAUUGACGAGCUCAGCGCAAGCGACGAAGACGACGAGCAGCCCAAGAAGAAGCAGAAGAAAGAGAAGAAGAAGGCCGCCGACGACGAAGGGGACGACCGCGAGCUCACCCAGGCCACGGUAGCCAAGUGGAAAGAGUCGUUGCUCAAGACAAACUCGCUCAGAGCCGCCCGGCAGGUCGUCAUCGCCUUCCGGUGCGCGGCGCAUCUCAACGAGGAGGAGGACGAAAACAAGCAGCGGUACACCAUCACAAACCCAGACGUCUUCCACGACAUCCUGUUGGUCGCGCUCAAGCAGAUCCCCGUGGCGCUACACCAUCACUUGCCCGUCAAGGAGUCGGCUUCCGGCAAGGCCUACGUGCACACCGACACCAAGAAGUUCAAGACGCUCUCCAUGCUUGUCAAGAACUACGCCUCGUCGAUUAUCCACCUGCUUAGCACAUUAUCAGACGACGGCACGCUCAAACUCACUCUCUCGGCCCUUGAGCCGCUGCUGCCCUACCUCUUGUCCUUCAGAAAGCUUCUCAAGGUCCUGAUCAAGACUGUCGUUGCGUUCUGGUCACAGUCGGCAAGCACGGAAUCGGUCAGGGUCACGGCCUUCCUGGUCAUGAGGCGUCUUGUGGUGAUUGGAGACAAGGGAGUCAGAGAGUCCGUCCUCAAGGCGACCUAUCAAGGCCUAGUGCAGGGCAGCCGGCUCACCAACGCCAACACAAUCCAGGGCAUCAACCUCAUGAAGAACUCGGCCGCCGAACUGUGGGGCAUUGACCAGGGCCUAGGAUACACCACGGCCUUUUCCUUCAUCCGCCAGCUCGCCAUCCAUCUCCGAAACAGCAUCGUCAACAACAAGAACGACUCGUACCGGGCCGUCUACAACUGGCAGUACGUGCACUCGCUCGACUUUUGGUCGUGCGUGCUCUCGGAGCACUGCAGCCCCCUCAGGGAGGCCGAGACGGGCAAGGAGACGCUGCUGAAGCCCCUCAUCUACCCCCUGGUCCAGGUGACGCUCGGCGCCAUGCGCCUCAUCCCCACGGCCGUGUAUUUCCCCCUCCGGUUCCAGCUGAUGCGUUCCCUGCUGCGCCUGUCGCGCGCCACCGAGACGUACAUCCCGCUCGCCUCGGUCCUGCUCGAGGUGCUCAGCUCGGCCGAGAUGAAGAAGGUGGCCAAGUCGUCGACCCUCAAGCCACUCGACUUUUCCAUCGCCUACAAGGCCCCCAAGUCGUACCUGCGCACGCGCGUCUACCAGGAUGGCGUGGGCGACCAGGUCGUCGAGCUCUUCUCCGAGUACUUUGUGCUCUGGGCGCGCAACAUCGCCUUCCCGGAAUUCGCGCUGCCCGUCAUCAUCGCCCUCAAGCGCUGGCUCAAGGAGAGCCGCAAGAACAGCGGCAACAAGAACGGCAAGCUCACGUCGAGCCUGGUCCUGCUGGUCCAGAAGCUCGAGGCCAACGCCAAGUUUAUCGAGGACAAGCGCGCCAGGGUCGACUUUGCCCCGACCGACCGCACCCAGGUCGACGCCUUCCUCAAGGACUUCGACUGGGAGAAGACUCCCGUCGGCGCCUUUGUCGUGUCCCAGAGGAUACUCAAGGCCGAGAAGCAGAAGAUGAUGGAGCAGGCCAGGAAGGAGGACGAGCGGAAACGUAAGGAGGAUGAGGAAGAGGAUCUGGCCGCCGAGCAGGAUGCGGAAAGCGACGAGGAAGACUAUGAACUCGCAAACGGGCCAGAGGACGAAGGCAUGGAGGAUGAGGAGUGA